GUUAUUGGAGGAAUUUGUGUCGAGUUGAAAGGGACUUUUAAUUAUCAAACGCACACAUUCGAGAAUUGUCCAGAACAUUGCUUCUUAUGUAAAAGAGGUAUUUGUGAUAUAUGUGAGUCUGGCAAAAUUCUAGUAAAUGGAGUUUGUCGACAACGGUCCAUUGGGUAUAAAACGGUAUCAACAACGCAUACCAUCAGUUGUGAGGAAGGAUUUUACAAUAUGAGAAAUGUGUGUUAUUUGUGUCACAAGUUGUUUCCAAAUUGUGAACUUUGUGAUCGAAAAAAGUGUUCCAAAUGUGUGAGUGGGUAUAUACAAAACGAGUUUCUUAAUUGUGUCGUUUACACGCCUAUCACUUCAACUUUUUUGAUAUUAAAAGACAAAAUGUGUCCUGUCGGAUAUUCACUUUCGGCGAAUGGAAUAUGUUAUGAGUCUAUUGCACACUGUCUUCAUCAAAUUAAUUCCACUUGUUUUCACUGUGAAGCAAAUUACUAUCUUUCAUAUGGAAAGUGUUACAGAGGCAAAAUUAAACACGCCGAAAAUUGCGAAAUUUACACGUCGGUUGGAUGUCUUCGCUGCGCAAAAGGAUAUUAUGGGGACAGAAAUAACAAGUGUAAUAAAUGCAAUACGAAGUGUACUGAGUGUACAACAAACUCUGAAAAGUGCCAAAGUUGCAUUUCUGGGACUUAUUUGUAUAAUGGGAAGUGUGUCACAUUCUUUGAGUUAGAGGGGAUCUGCGAUUCGUUUAAUUUGAAUGGGCAGUGUAUUCGAUGUAUCGAUGGGUAUUACGUGACAAAUUCUACAUGUCAAAAAUGUGAUCACAAUUGUAAAAUAUGUUCGAAUGGUAAUACAUGUGAGAAGUGUGAGACUGGCUAUUUCAUGAAUGAAAGCGGCUUAUGUGAAACACUUUUGAACUUGUCGAAUUGCUCUGCAACGUCUGAAGUACUUGGGUGUUUACUGUGUUCUGAUGGAUAUUAUAAAAAUGGUAUGCGGUGCUCAAAGUGCAAUUCAAACUGUUUCAAAUGUGCAACAAAAAACAUUUGUUUGGAGUGUAACAAUAACAUGAUAUUACACGCAGGAAAUUGUGAACCACGAACGUUCAUACGACAUUGUCAAACAAUUGAAAAUUCGAUAUGUAAACAGUGCAAUUUUUGGUAUGAAAAGUCGGAUGACCAAUUGUCUUGUGAAACUUUGAAUUUAGUGAAAUCCAUUCACAUGACAUUGUUUAUUAUCGUCAUUGUAAUACUCACAACUUCUUUUCUUGUCAGUCUUAUUGGAUUUUAUCUAAUUCGUGUUCGUCACAUGUCGAACGAGAGAAGUUUAAAAGGCGUCUUUUCUGUGAACGACAUUAAAGAGAAAUUAUAUGUCUGUAUUGAUCAUAUCUAUACCUCGUCGAACACUAUAAAUAUCCCCAAUCAAAUAUCAGUGAAUAAAAUAACGGCAGUGGCAAUCACUUUUGCUAACAAAUCUUCAGAUGUUGUUAAGAUGCAACUUGUGUACAACCAAAAUAAGUCAUACGCCAUUUCUAUAAAACCAAACGUCGUCACUUUAAGAAAUAAAGACGCAGUCACUUUCGCCAUUUCUGUCUGUCCAAAAUGCUCGGGCGAUUUUUCAACGUUUCUGACACUCAGCUGCGUUUUUCUUUCAAGAAAUGUCGAAAUUAAUAAACUCCUCCCAAUCACCUUUUCCACUGAAAUCUCAACGUUUAUUGAUGAAAGUUGUGUGACUGAUUACCACAAAAUCGGACAUGGGAGUAUUGGUGUCGUUUACCGCGCACUCUUCAAAGGCCAAGUUGUCGCUGUCAAGAAGCUCAAAUUUGUUUUAGGGAAACGGGACAACGCGGACUUCACUCAUGAAAUUGCCAUGUUCGAAAAAUUAAAAAAUCCGUUCAUCAUCACUUUCAUCGGCGCAGUGCUGAACAACGACAAUCAAAUGAUCGUUAUGGAGUACGUCAAAAAUGGGAGUCUCGAGGAUAUCAUGAAAAAGUCUCAAAAUAGCAAAUUUGAACCCCUCUCCAAAAACGUCCGUUAUAAAAUUCUACUUGACACGGCGAGAGGAGUGCAAUACUUACACAUCAAUGGAAUUUUUCAUCGAGAUAUUAAACCGGGAAAUAUUUUGGUUGUAGAAAGCAAUUCGAUUGAAAAUGUCAAUGCCAAAUUGACCGAUUUUGGGAGUGCAAGAAACGUGAAUUUAAUGUUAACAAAUUUGACGUUUACAAAGGGAGUGGGAACACCUGUGUACAUGGCUCCUGAACUUUUGGAGUGUCGGAAAUACACAAUUUUGGCGGAUAUCUAUUCACUUGGAGUCACUUUUUAUGAAGGAUUUGGGUGGGUGGAAGCAUUCGCGGAUGUUGAAUACACUUUUCAAAUAGCACAGAAGGUCUCUGAAGGUAUAAGACCAGACACAACCAACUUGAAAAGGGAAGAGAAUGAAUUGCUUGAGAAAAUGUGGAAACAAAAUCCAAAAGAAAGAAUAGACAUUAACGAGGUACUUAUUAUAAUGAAAAACCUGUUUGAAACUGAACAAAGUCGUGAGAAUUUUGAUUAUUUGUAA